CGCCGCCACAUGAGCCUGCAGGACCUCGCCAUCUGCACAGAGAAGUGCCAGGAGCUGCUAGCCGUGGGGCUCAUAUGCCCAUCCACGUCCGACUACACAGCAGCGACCUUCGUGGCGGCCAGGACAGACCUGGCACGGGAGGUACUCUCGUGCCGCAUGUGCGUAGACUACCGGGGCCUGAACAAGGUGACAGCAGCAGACAAGUACCCGAAACCCAUAGCAGAUGAGACAUUCAAACAGCUGCACAGUGCCCACAUCUUCUUAACGUUGGGCCUCAGGCAGGGCUUCAACCAGAUGCCAAUAGCCGAGGAGGAAAAAAAUAAAAUUGUGUUUUAUGGGGCCGAUGGCUUGUACGAGUGGAACCACAUGCCAUUUGGCGUGAGGAACACUUCCGCAUUUUUUCUAAGGACAAUGGAUGCGGCUCUAAAAGAGGUGCCGGCAGCAGCGUGCUACAUCGACGGCGUGAUCGUCUUCAGUGAAGAUGAAGAGGCGAAUCUAAGCGACGCGGUAGGGAACUUCAGGGUCUAUCUGCAGGGAAGCCCCUUCACUCUGGAGACAGAUCACCAGCCCCUACUAUGGCUAAUGCAGAACCAGGCACUCACGAGAAUGAAUGCACGGUGGGCAAUGAAGCUACAGGAAUACAAGUUCCACAUCAAGCAUCGGCCGGGCAAGAUGAUGCAGCACGUGGACGGGCUGUCGAGGAACGCGCCGACAGCACGACCGUCCGUGGGCCUCAUACUGCUGGCGAACGAGGCGGAAGGGCAAGGACUGAGCAGUGAGGAGCACCAGCGUGGGGCAGUGGAUGUGUGGGAAGAUGCCUAAUUCCUGAGGUGGAUUAAGGGAGACAC